UGAAACUGAGAUGACAAGGAGAUAUCCAACACGUGAACGAAAAACCCCUGAUAGACUGAACUUAUAAGUGGUUUUUGAGUGGUUCAAUUAAGAUACCGUUAAUUACACCACAGGGAUAUUAUGUUCAUUUUAUCUGUUUAGUCCUUGUAAUGUCAUACCAGAGAAACAAACAAUGGCACAGUACAGAAUUCACGAUCCAGAAGAAUUGUUAGAAUGUCCGUAUGACCGUGUGCAUAUGGUUAGAGCCAAGAGAUUCCAAUACCACCUCAUCAAGUGCAGAAAGAACUACACAGGUACAGAGUUUGAGAAAUGUCCAUUCAAUGCGAAACAUCAGAUGCCCAAACCAGAGUUCAGGCACCACCUGGCGAAUUGCCCAGACAAGGCAAUGGUUGAACCAGAACUAAGUUAUGCUGCCAGAAAAGAGAAUGGAGAGGUAAACAUGUUGAAAGGAUGUACCGAUACUCCGGUUUACAGGGAGCUUGAUAUUCAGUCUAACGAGGACUGGGAUGCAGAGGUGUCUGCCCCAGUUCGAGUUGGACCACAGUAUGACAACACAUACUUUGAACGUGUCCAGUUUAAGGACUUGUCAGGACUCAACAAGAACCAAAAAGCAAUAAUCAAGGACAACAGACUGACAACAAAACAGAAGAUGGAGGAACUGAACAGUAACCUGCCAAAUGGUAAUGUGGCAUAUGGUUUGGAAGAAGAAAAUCUCCGUCUCCCUAAGACAACAUCAAAAGCUGCUAUGGCACGUAAGCCUCAGGUACAGCCCAUCCAGCAACCAGUCUCCAGCGUGUUUGCCUACAGCAUUGGGCAGGGUCGGGGACGAGGCAGGGGAGCUGCUGCUAACAACACUAAUGCUAAUGGAGAAGCACCUGCUGCAAACGAAACAUUUGUACCCACAAUGCCAUUUGGAAGAGGAAUGAGCAUGGGGAACCAGCCUGUGGGCGCUGUUGGUAUUGGCAGGGGCAUGACAACAGGUGGUGUUGGGCGUGGCAACAUAGCUCCACCCCCAGGUUUCUGUGUACCAAAAGUAGCAAAUGACCAGGCUGACAGGGAUUAACAUGACUAAUGACAAUUUGAAUGCUCAUUCAAGUUUCUACAAGAUGUUUUGCCUGUAUAGCUUCUGGUUUGUUAGAGUUCAUGUGAACCCCUGCAGAUCCUUGGAUUGUUGGAUGUUAACUGCUACACAUCAUUGUAGAAUUGAAUGGGCAUUUUUGAAGCUGCUAAGAAGUUUAUCAUUAUCAUUACGCAAUGGGUGGAACCUAUCUGUUUUUAAAAACUUGUUUUUAUUUUCAUGUUCUUUGUAUAUAGUUAAUAAAACAUGCUCUUUUGAAUUCUGUAUUGUGUUUAUAUCAGACAUGUCAUUUUUGUAACAUUUAUAUAUAUAAAUAAUAGGUUUGUAAUGAUCGUUUCAUGUUUUUAUCAUUUUUGUAACAUUUCUGUAUAUGAGUGUGAUAAUGUUAAUGAAAACCUUUACAUUACUAAUCAAAAAAUAGUGAAAGUAAGGCAAGGAUUUCUUUCCAACUUUAGGGAGGAUAAUAGAAUGGCAGUGGAUGUAGGGAGGAGAUAGAAUGACAGUGAAUGUAGGGAGGACAGUAGAAUGGCAGUGGAUGUAGGGAGGAGAACAGAAUGACAGUGAAUGUAGGGAGGAGAGUAGAAUGGCAGUGUAUGUAGGGAGGAAAGUAGAAUGGCAGUGGAAAUGCCGUGUACUGUUCCCAUGGUACUUUCUACACAUGUAUGUUCCAUUCAGUGAAAUGUUUGUCAUCUCAUUGCAAAUUCAUUUACAGACAGACAGACACAUGCUAUGGAAAAGUAUUGCAAGUAUUUAAAAAGGAAAUUCUAGCAGUGCUGGAAUUUAAGUGGACAGACUGACUGAUGGUUCAAGAAUAUGUCUAGUUUAAGUACUACAGUACUGUAACAUGGUACAGGACUAUCAUAUUGAUUUGAUUUUUGCUUUAUUUUUGGCAGUAGUAUAUAUGUGUAAUAAAGUUGUAGUUAAGUGACACAUGUUUAGAGGAUUAAAGCAUGUUGCCAAUACUAAUCUUGGUGUAAUUUUUAGCUCAACUAUACAAAGUAUAUGGAGAGCUAUCCUACUCACUCCAGUGUCAGCGUCUUUCCGCGUCCCCACCUUCGUUUAAGUUUUUUUUACACUUUCACUUUUUUGAGUCGGCUAAACGCUGAAAGCCUUUUGACGAGUCCUUGCUAUCCAACGAUUCUCUAAAUGGACCAAAUAACACAGUGAAGGGAUGUAGUUCCAUUAGAUUUCUCAAACUUCAAACAGUUCACUGCAUGAAUGAAGAUAAGUUGUGUCAAUUCCCUUUGCUAUGACCAGUAUACGAUGUAAUCUGUCAUAUUUAUGACUUUUAAUUGUGCAAUUCUCGAAUGUAACUCAUUAAGCAUAAAUGUGCAUUUUAAGAAUUGCGCAGGCUUACAAAGCUUGGGUAACAUCCAGCAAAAGACAAAAAAUAGUUCCACAGGGCUCCAGAUAAGAUGCGUAUUAGCGUAAAUUACGUAUAGAAAUAAUGCAAAUACGCAUGUCUAAUAAUCAGGGCUCCGGAAAUUUUGAUAACUUAAUCGGUCCAAAACGAAAAUCCUGACAUCGGCGCUACCCCACCCACCGCAUUCCCAAUAUUACAUAUUUUGUAAAACGUGAUAGGGUAAAGAAAUAAGCAUGUCAUGCAUUAAAACUGAGUUACCAGUCACCGCGCGUUACCAUACAAUGAAGACAGUUAUUCAGUGUUAUGUGUGAUCGUUACUUUGUUUAAAUUUCGAUGUUUUUCCGAGAUAAUACGAGGCAUUGACACCGUGUGCGUAACUAGUCUAAAAGCCAACGCACGUGACUUCCGUACCGUAUACACGGCAGAUACUUUGUGAUGUUUCCUCAUUCUUUGACGGAAUUCUAUAAAAUACAAUGCGUCAAAGUGAGUUACACGACACAUAUUCUCUGCUAAACAGCCUCAGUAUUUAAGGAAUACUCUGCCGCGGACCGAAUGUGUACGUUAUUUGAACGCUGAGAUCGAAUUUCCCGCAUGUAUAGUACCAAAACGUCACGCGGGUUGGCCACGGAUAUUUCAUUUCACUUACGUUGUACUUCAAUAAGCAACUACAUUUUAUAAAGUUAUAUGUUCUCUUCUGAUGUAAACAAAGUUUCAUUUUGAAACGUUUUUUAAAAGACCGAUUUGAUAAACAGUGCCACUCCGGUUUUCUUUAUCAUUCGUGGUUGCCCGUCCAUUUUUUCUUUUUUUUACAGUCGGGUUUCAACUGGAGCCCCAACAAAUGAAUCAUGUAAUUUUUUCAAAUCAAGUAAUUAUAAAAAUUAUUUUUAUCGGUUUUCCGUGUGAUGUCUCAUUAAAUCAAAGACCUAUAAUAUAGCUCUUUGAUUAAAUGCAGCGACCAUUUGUUUGUUACCGUGAUCAAACAUAGCCUUUUAAAAUAAACCAUCCGUCGGAUUCUAAAUAAAAGAAGUGGAUCCCCGUCGAAAUGAUUUGGAUCCAGUCAGAAACGUUAGGAAACCAGUCAAAAAUGUUUAAUACACCGCAGUCGGCUGUCUGCAAACAUUUAAGGAUGUGCCGCGCGAGCACUGAUUGCGUCACGCGCUAAUUACGGACCGAUUAUCAAAGUGACAAUCAGACCGAUUGACACGUUUAUUGAUUAUCUGAAGGUGCGACCAACAAUUUCCUACUUGGCAGGUGAUCGUGUAUUGAGAUAUCAGACCGAAAUUUAUACUUUUCUCCAUUUUUACGGGACCGAUUUUUUUCGUUUUUUCACUUCACGAAUCGGUCUGAAAAGUCAAAAAUCGGUCCAAAACCGACAAACCGGCGAAUUUCCGAAGCCCUGCUAAUAAUUUCUAAGCGUAUAAAAACGUAUAUAAAAUUAUAGAAACGCACACAAUGCUUUUUUAAAAACAAAGUCUGAAUCGUCUGGAUGCGUUAGGUAACAUAGCCGAUCAGCCUUAAUUCUCCCACAUUGAACGUUAACACGCAUCGUAUGAUUUCUAUAAACUUUGCGUGGGUUGAAUUUUGCAGUCAGUAAACGGAUAAAUUAUCGGAAGAAGAAGCUCUUACUGGUUUGUUUAGUUACUACUGAUAUUAAAAAUGAUUUUAAUUCUUAUUUUUCGAGAAAUAAACAAAUCGGCGAAACAUUAAAUUGUAUUUUCUUGUAGUUUUUGAAAUCGAAAGUAGAUCGUCUAUGUUUGGCUGCUUUCACGAAACGAAAUAACUUUUUAUGAAAAGAUUUAAAUAAGAGGUAAUUUAACCGUAAACUUCAAUGUCAGAUACUGCCAAUUGCUGCUAAAUGUCUUCGUAUCAUCACAAUUUGUAAAAUAUAUUGUUCAAACUGGAGAAAAGUGUAAUCGUAUCCGGAUAUAAUAUUUUGGGUAAAUAUCGAGCUGUGUUAUGAAAUUUUAAGAAAAAAAACUAAAAACAAACUGAAACUGGUAGACUAUACUGUCAGUACAUCAAUCAUUAGCCGACUCAGGCCAUUCAGGCCUUUGAUUUCUCCUUAUCUCUGUAAUUACUUUAUGGAUUAACUUUAAACUUGAAGUAGUUAUUCCUCAUUAUCCCCGACAUAUCAGGCACAAAUGCCAUAACUCCUACAGCAAUAUUUCAUGAAUUAUCCCCCCUUUUACUUAGAACUUCUGGUUAAACUUUUGAUGCACUUCCACUCUUUCUCAAUUAUUAUAAAAUGGAUUUGAUUCAAACUGAAAGUAGUUGUUCCACAUCAUCACCCACAUCAUAUGACACAAGGUCCAUAACCAAUAUUUAAUGAAUUAUCCCCCUAUAGAAUUUCGGGUUAAAGUUUUGAUGCACUUUCACUCUAUCUCAGUUAUUAUUGUAUGGAUUUGUUUCAAACUUAAAAUAGUUGUUCAACAUCAUCAUUCACAUCAUAUGACACAAAAGCCAUAACUCUGGCACCAAUAAUCAUGAAUUAUCUCCCCUUUUCACUUAGUAUUUCAGGUUAAAGUUUUGAUGCACUUUCACUCUAUCUCAGUUAUUACUAAAUGGAUUUGAUUCAAACUUAAAUAGUUGUUCCACCUUAUCACCCACAUCAUAUGACACAAGAUACAUAACACUGGUACAAAGUUUUUCAUGAAUUAUGCUCCCAUUUAUUUAGAAUUUAAGUUUAAUUUUGAUGCAAUUUCACUAUAUCUUAGUUGAUUUGAUUCAAACUUGAUGUAGUUGUUCCACAUCAUCACCCACAACAUAUUACACAAGGUGCACAACUCUUGCACCAAUAUUUUAUGAAUUAUGCCCUCUUUUUGCUUAUUUAAUGUUUCAAUACACUUAUCUCUUUUAUUUUUUUUGCCAUGUCCGUCCAUAUGUCACACUUCAUUUCCUAUCAAUAACUGGAGAACCAUUUGACCUAAAACCUUCAAACUUCAAAGGGUGACAGGGCUUAUGGAGUAGACAACCCUUAUUGUUUUUGGGGUCACUUCAUCAAAGGUCAAGGUUACAGGGGCCUGAACAUAGAAAACCAUUUCCGAUCAAUAACUGGAGAACCACUUGACCCAGAAUGUUGAAACUUCAUAGGAUGAUUGAUCAUGCAGAGUAGAUAACCCCUAUUGAUUUUGGGGUCACUUUAUUAAAGGUCAAGGUCACAAGGGUCUGAACAUAGAAAACCAUUUCCGAUCAAUAACUUGAGAACUGCUUGACCCAGAAUAUUGAAACUUCAAAGGAUGACUGGUCAUGCAGAGUAGUUGAUUGAAAACCAUUUUCGUUCAGUAACUUGAGAACCAUUUGACCCAGAAUGUUGAAACUUCAUAGGAUGAUUGGACAUGCAGGAUAGAUGACCCCUGUGCCCCAUGCGGUUCUGGGACGAUCUGUGUAUGAAAAGAAUUGGAACCACUGCCUUACCCUUGCAUCGUAAGAGGCAACUAAUAGGGUCUUAACACUUGGUUUUGCUGUAACUCUGUGAUUCCAGCAGGUAUGCAAAUUUUGAUUCCAUACCUCAUGUUUUUAUUUCAAUGUAAAUGAGAUAUGAAACCAAAAUUUGUAGUCCUGUUUGGUGCCAUAUAACCUAUACUGUGUUGGUGCUCCGUAAAACCCAAAUAAAACAAAAAAUAAAUGAUUUUGGGGUCACUCUAUUUAAGGUCAAGGUUGCAGCUAACAGAACAUGGAAAUCCAUUUCUGGUCAGUAAUUUGAGAACCACUUGAUCCAGAAUGUUGAAACUUCAUGAUAGGACUUACAGAGUAUAUGACCCCUAUUGAUUUUGGGGUCGCUCAAUCAAAGGUCAAGGUCACAGGGGGCUGAACAUAGAAAACUAUUUUCAAUCUAACUUCAGAACCACUUGACCCAGAAUGUUGAAACAUGAUAGGAUGAUUGGACAUACAGAGUAGAUGACCCCAACUGAUUUUGGGGUCACCUAAUCGAAGGUCAAGGUCACAGGGGCCUGAACAUGGAAAACCAUUUCCAAUUCAUAACUUGAGAACCACUAGGCCCAGAAUGUUGAAAAUUAGUGGGAUGAUUGGACAUGCUGAGUAGAUGAUCCCUAUUGCAGCCAACCAUCAGUGUCUCUUUGAUUGUUGCUCCUAUCCCCUAUUGACUUCUUGCCUAUACGACUUCGCAUUGGGGGAGACAUGCGCUUUUCUACAAAAGCAUCUUCUAGUUACUUAAUAUUUUUGACACAGACUCAGGCUAUUGUGCAUUAUCUUUAUUCUAAAUGGAGUCAUUAAACACUCCAGUGACAGCUCCAGCUUCCUCAGUUGUGCCCAGUUUUACUAUCCAGUAUCAAAAUAGUCGAGUGCCCUGUCUCCUGUGACAGCUCUUGUUGACUGAUCUAGUUCCUGCAAACAUUACUGUAAAAUUUUGCCAUUAUUUUCCAAUUAUAGAUAUUUUGAUUUAUAGUCUCUCGGAGAUAGUUACAGAUUUGUUCUUGGUUCAAGGUUAUAGAACUGGGUUUGGAGUGACACAGUCUUGUCUCCAAAUGCAGCCUUGCUAUUGGUCAGUUCAAGACUUGUAAUGAGAAACAACCAAUCAAAUGCAAGAGUUUUGAAACUGGUAUCUACACUAAGAAAUAAAACCCUAAGCAAUCAACAGAACGUUUUAAGGCACCUUGUUUGCCUAACUAUUUAAUGGAAAUGGAGCAGAGGACUGAAAUUAUAUGGGGAAGUUGUUGGAUGUUUGUCAAGUACUAGUUAGAAAUUUAACAAGAAAGUUGAAAUGACCACCUAAUGUAACUGAAAUUAUAAUUUAUAAAAUAAUGGUAGUCAUGGUCCUCUUGUUACUGAAUGGAUUGGAAAACUCACCUUGGAGUAAAAAAUUCUUUAUGUGAAGAAACCAUCCAGUUGGUGUCUGAAGGCCUGUGGUUCUACCAAGGUACUUGAAAUAAUGUCUGCAGUGGCACCAGAUUCUUCAUCCAUGGUAAAAAGCUUGAAAUAAAACACCUUAAUAUCGUGUGACUUGCUGGUGUGAGAUAAAACCAAACAAAGGGCAUUUAGGUUUUUUUUCCCCCGCAGUAACUGUGAUUCCCUUAAUAUGCGUAUCAUUGAUGAAAAUCCCAUAAGAGGUAUUCAAAGCAUAUAAUAUUAUGGCAGCUUAUUGUAUAUAUUAUGUACAUACUCCUGAAAGCAUUCUUAGUAUGCACUUGUGUUUUCUGUACUUGUUCAUUCAGGUCAUUGAUAGGAAGGAAGCAAAUAUUUAAUUGUUCAUGCAUAGAAUUUGCUUUACUGCAUUCUAGUGCAAGCAUGGACUGAAAGUUUUACCAAAAAAAAUUGUUGUUUACAGCAGCAGUUACUUCUUAGCAGCCUCUUCUGUUUGUCUUAUGUUUUGUUCUUUUUAGUUGAAGAUAUUUUUUUAAGUUGAAAUUUUGUCAUUGUUGUUUUAAUGUUUAAUAGCCAUUGUUUUAACAUGAAAGUGGAUAUUACUCUGUUUUAACAUGACCAUAGGUGACAUUUGUUUUUUUAACCUGACUUUAGUGAACAGUCUUCUUUAUCUCUUACUUUGAAAGGUUUAUACAUAUAUAGUAUUGUAUUCAAGUAAAUCAUGUAGAAGGGUAUUCUAUCAGAUUGCAGCCAGUCCUAUAGUUUCCUUUAUACUUUGUGAGUUUUUUGGUGAUAGAGAAUCCUAUUUUGCAAAGGUCUGUAUUUUAACCAAACCAUUUAUAUUUUGGCAAAGUCCUUCAAUUUUUGAAAAUCCUAUAACUUUAGUGGCAAAUUCCUCUGUAUAUGGAAAAGUUCCUGUAUUUGAGUGAAAAGAAAGUUGACGGCCAGUAAAUGACAGCCAGACAGAACAGCCAGCAGUUUAGUUCAUUGAUUAAAAUUUACAUGAAUAAUUGUAUAGCUGCGGUGCUGUUAAAUUCAAACAACAUUUUUUUAACUGUGUUUUUUGAUAAUUUCACUGCUCAAGUGUUGAAAAAAAUUAAAAGGGAACAGCUGGAUAGAAGAACAUUUUUUAUUAUCCCCCACAAAAUGAUUGAGAGAUUUAAUACUUGUGUUGUCGGUCCGUGUCCCUACAUCCGUCAGUAGCCAUGUCUUAGUAAUGCUUAAUAGCAUUGUUGUCAGUGAAUUGAUGUUUUGAUAUUGUGCUUAUAUUCACUCAGAACUGCUACUCUGCAAUGUUUUGAAAAUGGAAUUAGUUUCGCCAGUCUUAACACCUCAGGUAAUCAAAAAGUGCAAUAUUUGUCCUUAUGCAGCCAUAUCUUAGUAACAGUUACUCACAACGAAUUGAUAUUUUUGUGUAGCUGCUUUUCUUUACAUAUAUCUGCUUGUCUGAAAUUUAUGCUUUAAUAGCCAAAUAAGUCUGACCAGAGUUAUUGCCCUUUAAUUAAUUAAAAACUGCAUUUUUUGUUAUCUUGCAGCCAUGUCUUCGUUAUGGUUGGUCACAUAAAGCUGAUGUAAGAUGUGAAUGUUUGUACAUACUCCUAGCUUAUCCUGCCUAAUUUGAUAAGGUCAGCCCUGUGUUGUCAGAGUUAUUGUCCCUUAUUUGGUGAAAAAUAAUCAUUUUUGGAGAUAAGUUUGUCAUAGUAAAGGAGGGUUUGUGCAUUUUAUUUGUAAAUGUUUGCAGUUACUGAAGGAUGCUUUUCUAUAAAUCAGAUUAGACUCAAAACAGAGUUAUUCCCAUUAUUUUACUUAGAAACUGCAAUUUCUGUCUCUCCAGUGCCGUGUCUAGUUGGAGUUAUGUCAAUACAUCACAGCAGAUGUCUUAUUACUUGUCCCUAUUUAUAUUACAGUUAUAGCCCCUGAAAUGUUAUAAAUGGAAAAAGAGAGAGGUUUUUAUUUAAAGUAUGUAUAUAUGUAAAACAACUAUUAAUGUUGCCAAAUCAGCAACAACAUUGUUUUAACUUAAUCAGGGUCAGUAGUACAUUUCACAGGGAUUAUAGUUCAUUGAAUUGCUUGUUUGAUGCUAAUGUCUUAGUAUUAAUUUUAUCCAUUUUUAUCAUUUUUGUGUAAAUUGCACUAUUGAAAAAUAAAUAAUGUUAACUUGUGUGCUUUAUAACUAAAUAAAUCAGUAAAUAAAUGUA